AUGAACGUAGAGUGGGGAAAUGGUUGGAAAAUCAUUCGGGGGCAAAUCUACAACAACGAAAAUUCUUGUCGUACUCUUAUUCGCAUGAGCUCAGAAGCAUUCACCCGUUUAUGUGAAGUUCUUCAGCAAAAGUAUGGAUUACAAGAGUCACAUAAUAUGAAAGUCGAUGAGAGUGUUGCAAUAUUCUUGAUUCUUUGUGGCCAAAAUGACACUCAGUAUGACAUCAGUUUAAGAUUUGGCCAUGCCCAAGAAACUAUAUAUAGAAAAUUCCAUUGUGUUCUUGGGGCAAUGGUACCAUUGGCUGUUGACUAUUUACGGCCAAGAACAGCUUAUGAGUUAGAAGCAAUAUCCAAUAGUUUAGAAGGAGAUAGACGGUAUUGGCCUUAUUUCAGUGGAUGUAUCGGAACAGCAAGUCUUAACGUCCUAGGAAUUUGUGAUCACGAUAUGCUUUUUACGUAUUGUUUUGUUGGAAUGGCUGGAUCAACACAUGACUCACGAGUGCUGGAAACCGCUAUACGAGAUGAUCCAAUGUUUCCUAAACCUCCUGACAGAAAAUAUUAUCUUGUAGAUUCUGGCUAUGCAAAUAGACGUGGAUAUUUAGCUCCAUAUCGGAAAGAAAAAAAAGAUGAACAAGUCUUGGACCUUAAUAACACAAGCUUCGAAGAUAUUAUAGGGAGGUUAAAGGCCUAUGAGGAAAGGAUCUUUGAGGACGAUGAAGCACACGAAGAUUCAACUAAACUCAUGUAUGCAAACUCAGAAGAUCAAAAGGGCAGUCAAACCGCGAUUACAAUGGUAAUUGGAAUAAUUGGAGAGGUCAAGGUCGCGGAGGACGACGAGGCAGGGGUCGAGGAAGAGGUUACGGAAGGAGAGACACAUCAUCAAUCACGUGUUACCGAUGUGAUAAAGUUGUCCAUUAUGCCUCAGACUGCCCCGAUCGACUUCUUAAACUUCAGGAAGCACAAGAAUCUUCUUCAGCAAGUGAAACUAAAAGAUGUUAUUGGACAAGUUGAAAGUGUAUGUGAGUUGCAAACAAUAUUUGUUAUGAAUAAGGACACCACCAAACUCGAGUUCGCUCUACGAAAUGCUAAUGAUGAACGUUUACCAUGCACACUUUGGGGAAAGCUUGGUGAGGAAGUCUGUUCGGUUUGUCGGAGUGCGGGUGAAAGAAGUGUCAUUCUUGUGAUCCAUUUUGGGAAAAUAAACGUUUUCAAAGGUGAUCGUCAAAUAACAAGUAGUUGUCAAACAACGAAGGUUCUGAUCGAUUUGAAUGAUCCCGAUGUCAUUGUCUUCAAGAAUAGUUUACCUGAGAAUUGCGGACGUAUUACGUUCUUGAGUACAAACCUCAACAAAGGGUUUCUUAUGGUGAUGAGAUUCAUUUUGAUCAGUUUCCAAUGGUCACUAUUUCAGAAUUGCGAGAUUCUCUUGAGGUUGGGAAAUGUAAGAUCAUGUGCACCAUCUACGCGGUUGACACAGACUGGUCGUGGUUUUAUUUGGUUUGCACUAGGUGUGGAGAUUGGUCAGAACUACAACGAGAAUAUUUUCGACCAUCAACAUCGACAUGUUGAUUAUAGUAGUCUUGGUGUUGAUGAUACCAAAGAUAUGUAUGAUGAUGUCGUCUUCCCAAACAAAUACUGGGAUUCAGAAAAUGAGUAUGAUUAUGAACAGCGGUUUGACUGUAGCAGUCUUGAUGGUUCGUCCGAUGAGGAAAACUAUAUUAUGGAUGAAGCUGGCGAAUAA